AUGCCGCCCCCCUCAACUCCGCAUCGCCCCUCCAGUCGUGGGGGUACUCCCAAAUCAACCCCGGCCAAGCAGAAACCGCUGGAUAUCGGACAGCCGCUGGGGAUCUACGACACAAACUCCGUACGGUCUAAGGUCCGGAAAUGGCAGCAACAGGGAGGAGGCGUCAUCACCGCCGAAGAGCUCUACUACGAUGAGGAUGAUGAGAACUCGGCCGUGGAAUCCAAUUGCCCGACUGUCAAGGAAAAGUCCUCGGUUGCAGAAAAGUCGUCGGUUGCAGGAUCGAACACUCGGAUGAGAAGUCAAAGCACUCCGCGGAAACGAGUUAUAAGCGACGAGCACUGGAAGCUCAAUCGCAGUUCCGCACAGACCCCUCCCCCCAAGCUGCCGCCGCCCAGGCGCAUCGCUGAGUACACGACAAAUGACCAGCCACAGUCAUCCCCGAAAAGUAACGAUAAAGGACGAGUGUCGCUUCCGUCCCGUGGCGCGGAGAAGGAGAAAACUGGUGCGUCGGAAUUGACGAGUAGGGAACGGCGGAAAUCAAGAGCUUCGCGGGACGUUGAUUCCAUCAUCACAAGCAAGAUCGAGGAGGGUGGCUCGCACAAUGGUUCUUCGAAGGGCAUUUCGCGACCGGGAAGUGCAGACAAAGGAAAGCUGGCGUCCAAGUCAGAUCUUUCCGAAUACACGCCGAAAAAGGAGAAUGCUGUCGGCGAGGACGCCGACUGGGCUGACAGUGAUGCGGAUUUUUCAGAGUUGUCCAGGCGAAGGGCGAAGGGUCCUGGCCCGAAUCAGACGCCGAAGAAUCGGGGACCCCUAAAACCGCCCAAGGGAGGCAUUUUCGGGCACAUGCUGGACGAAUCGAGAAAAAUGUUCGCAAAACCGGACUCCCCCAAACCAGUGCCGAAUAAUGGACGUGGCUCCAAAAUCGAGGCAUGGUUGUCGGGAACGUCAGACCCGUUUAUGGACAUGGAUCCGGACGUGGAAGUGCCUGCGCCUCUGAACACCAAGACUAACAGAGCCAAGCAAUCUCCGAAGAGGGAGCAGAGCCGGGACCGUGCAACUCAUACCGACGCGGAGAGUGACACGCGCCGAAAAAGCACGAGUAAACGACGAGUCAAGAGCAGGGAUGAUUCGACUGCCGGCAGCGAGCGGGCCAAGCGAAUGACUGACGAGAUCACGGGCUCUAGAGAUUCGAAAGAGCCACAAAGAGAUGCGUCAUGUUCCAGCAGGAAGAAGUCCACCGAACACAAGCAUAGCCGGUCAUCAUCUGACGCUAAGGACAAGACCCCUCGCGACAAAGCUCCUGCCGAAAAGGAAGAACCAUCGGAUGCGCAAACUCUUAUGUCAGACGGAUCUGAAGUUUCGAGAAAUAACCCCCUGGUCCCGAUUCAUCGUAAAAGGCCAAUACCAAGUACGGGUCUUCGUCGCUUGUCAACCAUCGAAUCGCUUGAUUCCUUGAAUACAAGCGCCGAUAAGCGACCCCAGGCACCCGGUCUCGAUACCGCCUCCGAGGCACAAACGUCAACCCCGGCCGAGGAAGGGGAGGCAGAGGAACGGGAUCAGUUUGACCCUAACUCUCUUCCUGUUGUCUCGACUCAGCUGAAGAGGCGCCUAACGACUCAUGACGAUCUAAUUUCUGUUCUUUCCUCGUCAAAUGGUAGAACUCGGAGCAUUCGGUCCGCUCGAAGUAUCCGAUCGAACAAGAGCCGAAUAAUGAACGCAACUAUUCCUGAUCUCCUGAAGGAGAUGUCGGCAGACGAGGCGAAGUAUAUGCGUGAGCUUAAGACCCUGGUCGGAGGUGUGAUACCAGUGCUCUUGACCUGUGUUCUUUCCAGGUCCGACUCAGCAAUCGCCGCUGGCCUGUUCCAUCCGUCGAUGGACCCCAAAGACGAGGCCAACUUCACUAAGCCAAUAGUCGACAUGGGCGUAGCUGUUGAGCGGCUAAAGACGCUACAUAAAAGAAUACCCGAGGACAAUGCAGAUUCCCUGCUCACCUGGGCGCACGGGGCUCAAAGGGUGUACCGCCAAUACCUGAAGGCGUGGAGACUUGGCUUCAAGGAUGUCAUUGUCAAUCUGGCUCCCCUGGAGGAAGGAGAAGCCGCAGAAAACGCGGAUACCAAGAGCUUGGACGAAGGAAUGGCUCGCGAUGAAAACGGGGAUGUGGUUGACAGUGACGGGGAGAAGGUCGAUGUGGCAUACCUGCUCAAGCGGCCGCUCGUACGUCUCAAGUACCUCGCUAAGACCUUCAAGGGCAUCAAUAUGCUGCAACCCUCGGAAAAGGCAGACGAAGUGGCGAACGCGUAUCAAAGUCUGGUCACCGAUGCGCGCCGUCGAGCACGCGAAGAGCGAGCGCGCCUGGAAGACGAAUCCGCAGCCUGUAUUGACGCAUCCCGAGCUCGUGACCCGGCGACUCUGGGACCACUUGCCGACGUUCAAAUAGAAAAGGGUCGACGGGUGCGGGCCCGUGACUUUUUUAAUCUGUCUUUAUACCACUCAAGUGGACAGGUCAUCGAUUGCCGUGCCGAGUUCUUACUCAGAGAUUGCGACUCCGAUCGCGGAAAUGGAGGAGACCUACUCAUCUGUGAGAUCGACCAUGCGGACCGAUGGCUUCUUUUCCCGCCCAUGGACCUUACAUUUGUUUCUGCGCGCAACGGCGAGACUAAGGGGGAGAUUGUGGUUAUGCUGCGCAGUGGCCCGGAAAGUUCCAAGCCAUGGCAAGAACUGCUAUUACUCCGCAUCGACGAGGAGGAUAUCGGUUUCGAAUGGGUCCAAAUGCUUGGCUUAAAUCCUGUUCCACCUACCAUUUCUCGAAGCCAGAGCUUCAUUGAGCGAGCUAAACAACGGCAACGAGCACAAACAGUUUCAGCUAAUGAUGAUGCAUUAGCCCAGAAACCCCCCACGAGUCCUACUGGUAUGGAUGUUCCUAUCGGUGAGAAGGCCCACAGUCGUUCGCUACGACGUUCCUCCCCUAGGGAGCAGUUGUCGGACCCCAGCACCGUCGGGUCGUCAUUAGCUACCGAGUCUCGGAUGUCUAUCAACACCGCAAUCACCCGCGAAUCGGACUACGCUUUGUCGGAAACAUCUUCGGCGAAGCCAUCUCAACCUUCUAUUCUUCACGCGAGGGACCCCCGAAAGAUUGGAACUGGCGACGAUCGGUCACCCACAGGCCUCAAACGGUCCAAGGCCAGAAGAGUCGCGCACAAGGACGACGAAGCCCCCCCAAGCCCAGGACUGGCCAAGGAAACCAUCCCAGAAAAUAACCGAUCAGGACCUUCAACCCCUCACCGGCACCCUGAAGCUACCGGCCAGCCGGAGAAAAUUCAUAAGGAGCAAUAUGCGCCGCAAACGCCAACGCGAGACGCCCCUGAUAGCUCUUCACGAGUGUCAUCUGUACCUUCCAUGGAUUUGCCGUCGAUUCCUAAAUUGAGGCAGGGCAGUAAUCAGUCUUAUAUCUCAGACUCUAUUGAGGACUGGUCGGAUGAGGAAGAAUACGUCCCAGUCGAGAGUCCGACAAGAAGCAAGCGCAAAAGUCACUCCCGUUCAAACUCCGAUUCUAGCGAUCUGGGCUCUGGAGAAGCCCCUGCACCGCCGCCACACUCUCGAUCCCCAAGUUCUACAGGAUCGAGUCUUCCGAAUACCCCUAUUCUAAGCCCCGGUGGCGCCCGUCCUAGACGUCGUGGCUCUUCUCCAUUGAAACAUGAAUACGAGCCUUCCACAGCCUCGGACACUUAUUCGGAUUCCGACACUUCUACCGUUCGACGCUACGACCUCUACUCAGAGUCCGAUUAUUCCGCCUCCGAUAGCUCAGAUGAUGAAUCCGAGGACGAGAUCUCCUCGAUGCCUCCCGGGAAGGCCCGUGAUCUUGCGAGAGCGGCGGUGCAGGAGUCACUCAUAACGUCUGCAACCAGCUCACUUUCUCCAUCUAACUCUGUCUCGCAAGGGGGCUAUAGAACGGUUCCAUCGCAGCCUGAAAAAUCUACAUUUGCGGUGGCCUCUGUUUUUGCCUGGUCAGACAAAGGGUCCUGGGACAAUGUGGUCCCCGAUGAUUGUAGGAUCGUCGUCAGUCCCGGUCUGAUAGAAGCCUACGAGGUGAAGGAUGUCCCUGACGGGGAGGAAGUGCCCUCUAAGAAGGUACGGCCAGUGAUUGCUCUUGAGUUAACACCUCUUGUGCCCAUCCGACGUGGAACGGCCAUCGACAUCAGUAUCCGCUCGCCCCCAACCGAACGGUCAAAGGUGGCUUGGAGCAACAACAUCAUGUUCCGAUCCAGGAACGCGGAUGAGUGCGAAGCUCUUUACGGUCUCAUCAACCAUGCCCGCAUCAACAACCCUACAUAUAUCGCUCUGCAAAACGCCAGGGGACCCCUUGCAGACGAGCCCGCCGCCAUGGAGCAACCUAACAAAUCCGGCGGGUUCUUCGGAUGGCCGCGCCGUAGACGAAGCUACCGUGCCUCCGCCUCUCCUCGAUCCCUCACCGACAAUUCCGAGAGCAGUGUCGGGACUAUGAGCAGUGCUUUUUCAGCUCUCAAGCGGUUUGGAGCAGGAAGCAAGAUGUUUAGCAUUUCGCGAUCCUCUGUCACCUCUCGUAGUCGCAAGAACGAAGACAGUUUGUACUCAAGCUCGGCGGCAUCGAAUCAUUCGCCUAGUUCCGGUCUUGGGCGGAUUGCAGCUGCGAUCAAGGGCGUCGACGGCAUCGGCCUCUCGAAUGCCAAAAUCCGUCUUUACGUGCGCGAGACCCAAUCCAAAUGGCGAGAUAUGGGAGCCGCAAGACUCACGAUCAUGCCCUCUACCCCUGAAGAGCCUACGCGUCCCGAGACGGUCAUGGGAGGGCAGAGCGAUGCUCUCGAUGCAACUGAAGCCGGAGAUAGUAGUCCACCAGGCUCCGGAUCCGCCACACCUCGUCGCGGCGUGGAAAUCGAAAAGCGUAUCCUUGUUCGUGGAAAGACCCGAGAUGAAAUCCUCCUCGACGUCUGUCUGCCAGAGAGUUCGUUCGAACGCGUUGCCCGAACUGGUAUUGCCGUGUCCGUCUGGGAAGAGACCGAAGGCGGCGCUAUGCCAAAGAAGGGUGGCGUCACUGGCGGCUUCUCUCGCAUUUACAUGAUUCAAAUGAAGAGCGAAGCCGAAGCGGCGUAUACCUUUGGACUUGUCGGCAAGCUCAGAUACUAG